AUGCAGGACGCCUGGACUGCUCGCAAAGCUGAGGAGAUCCAAGGGUACGCGGACCGCAACGAAUGGAAGAACUUCUUCUCCGCGAUCAAAGCUGUCUACGGUCCGCCGACGAAGGGCACUGCUCCUCUCCUCAGCGCCGACGGCAGCACUCUCCUGACUGAGAAGACGCAAAUCCGUCAUCUCCGACGCCGCCAUCGCCCGCUUGCCGCAAGUGGCGACCAAAGCGGACCUCGACCUCCCGCCAUCUCUCCAGGAAACGAUCAGGGCCGUGCAGCAGCUCUCCAGCGGGAAAGCACCCGGAUCGGACGCAUUCCCUGCUGA